AUGUUCUCCAGUCAAUCUCUUCGCGGUAACCAGGGCACGCUUCUGUUCCAUCGUCGCAUCUUUCUAGCCAAGGACCUGCAUCGUGUUAGCCUCCUAGCACAGCGUUCCCUCCGCAAUGGAUACAGCAGUGCAACUAGCACACGCCGAACAAAUGCCGCCCAAAAACCCAUUCAAUCAUCGGCAUCUCUUCGCUCAAUCCGCCCAUCACCAAGACCCCAAAUUUCCCUAGCUCCACAGCUCGCAUUAACAUCCACAAUCCGCACCUUCAUGUCGCCAAACGCAACAAGCGGCAAAUCCGAAGCGGACCUCCUCGUCGAAGAGCUCCAGGAGCUGUACGAAGUUGCGAAGGACGAAUUCGAGAUCGCGACCGACAGCACAGAAGCAGCAACUAUCUACGCAGCGUCGGACCGCGAGUCGGCGCGUGAUGCACUCAGCCAGCUCACCGCUGUGUAUAACCUGUAUACCACUGGUGAUACGCAAGUACAUGUGACGGAGGGACAGGCGAAUGCGGAGGGAAGUGGGGAGGCCGGUCCGGCUAUUGAAACGAUGCAUGAUCCUGCGGAGAUUUCGCAGGCCGUUAGGGAUGAGGUGAAGAAGAGAGUUGCGCAGCGGGUUAGAGAGUUGGUUAAUGCUGUGGAGGUGUUGGAGGAGAAGGCGAAGGCGGAUUGA